GGCCGGGGCGCUCGCGUUGCCAUGGCCGCGGCGCGGCGGCGGCCGCGGGCGAAGCGCCUGGUCGACAACCAGCCGUACGACGAGAGCCUGGAGCUGGAGGAGGGCGACGAGAAGGGCGGCGCGGGCCGCCCCCGGAGCCGCCGGCGGGCGGGACGGGCCGGGGCGGGCGGCGGCGGGGCCGAGCGCAGCAGCGACGACGAGGGCAGCGGCGGCAAGGGGCCGGCGGCCCGCUCGGCCUCCCCCGCCGCCGCCAGCGACAGCGAGGAUGAUGAUGAUGAUGAUGAUGACGAUGAGGACGAGGAGGAUUCUUCCGAAACCGACUCGGAGGAGGAAGCAGAGGAGCAGGGGGCCGCGCUGGACGGGGACUUCAAUCUAGCAGAUUAUGACUACCUACCCGUGUCUUCUGAGAUCAAAGAACUGUUUGAGUACAUCAAGAGGUACACUCCCAAAACAAUAGAGAUUGAGCACAAACUGCAGCCUUUUAUCCCGGACUUUAUUCCUGCAGUUGGAGAUAUUGAUGCAUUCCUAAAGGUUCCCCGCCCCGAUGGGAAGCCCGACAACCUGGGGCUGCUGGUCCUGGACGAGCCCUCGACCAAGCAGUCGGAUCCCACUGUCCUGUCCCUCUGGCUGUCCGAGAACUCCAAGCAGCACAACAUCACACAGCAAAUAAAAGUGAAGAGUUUGGAGGAUGCCGAGCAGAAUCCCAAAGCCAUUGACAGCUGGAUUGAAAGUAUCAACGAGCUGCACCGCUGCAAACCUCCAGCCACAGUGCAUUACAGCAGGCCAAUGCCUGACAUCGAGACUCUGAUGCAGGAGUGGUCCCCAGAAUUUGAGGAGCUCUUGGGAAAGGUGGGGCUCCCGACAGCAGAGAUGAGCUGCGACCUGCCCGAGUACGUCGACAUGCUGUGCGCCAUUCUGGACAUCCCUGUGUACAAGAGUCGGAUACAGCCUCUGCAUGUGCUCUUCUCCCUCUACUCCGAGUUCAAGAACUCGCAGCAUUUCAAGCCCCUAGCUGAGGGGAAGAAGGGCAGGAGCCCACCAUCCAACCCACCUUCACAAGCAGCAGACGCAGAAGUCUUCAGCUUCCCUUGAGGCUUCAGGGUGAACCCUCAUCUCGUGGGUCAGCGUGUGCUGCUGGACACCGAGGUGUGACGACGCAGCCUGUGAAGCAGCGCAGCACCUGAGCAGCCUCUCUGCUUUUACAGACACCGCCAAGCUGCGCCACAUUCACAGAGGAGGACUUUCCUCACCACGUUGAUUGCAGAAGCUGCCUGACAGCCCUAUUUCUGACCUGUUUCCAAUGGUUCAGCAUUAAAAAUAGCUCUUCCCCAUGA